UGUUCAUUCGUGGGAAAGCGCGGUAACGGUCCUCAGGCCAUAUCGAUCGGCAAAAACUGUGAUAAAUUCGGUAUUGUUGUCCACGAGUUGGGACAUGUGGUGGGCUUCUGGCACGAACACACCCGACCCGACAGGGAUGACAACGUCCAGAUCGUCACCAAAAAUAUCAUGUCUGGUCAAGAAUACAACUUCAAUAAACUGACUGAAGAAGAGGUGAACUCAUUGGGUCUGAACUACGACUUCGACAGUAUUAUGCAUUACGCGAGGAAUACGUUCUCGAAGAGCACUUAUUUGGACACAAUUCUGCCACAACACGACCCGACGCUUAACGUGCGGCCAGAGAUCGGUCAGAGAGUACGGCUUAGCAAAGGAGACAUCGCGCAGACAAAGAUGCUAUACAGGUGUCCG